CUGAUGACGUAGUGAGCGCUGACAGGGUGGAAGUGCGGCCGGUGCUCGCUGGGCGUGUUCACAUACCGGGACUUUGGUCCGGCACCGAGAAUGGAGGCGCAGACACACAGGCCCGUUAAAGGCAUUCUAAAGAACAAGGCCUCGGCGGCCACUGGCGUACGUGUGGUCAGCAAAGCGGAACUGAGCCAGGACGGCGAUGACGACCAGAGUAAGAAGUCACAGAAGUGGGAUGAGAUGAAUAUUCUGGCUACUUAUCAUCCUUCUGAUAAGGACUAUGGCUUAAUGAAAAUAGAUGAACCAAGUACUCCCUUCAAUAGAAUAGUUGGAGAUGAUGACGAUGAUGAAGGAGCCAUGAGUGAUUCCGAGUGUAAUGAAGCACUAACGGCUGAUGUCUUGGCAAAAAAGUUGGAAGCGGCAGAAGGAACAGAUCCUAAAUUCUUGGCACAAGAAGAGAGUAGUGAAGAUGAAGAUGAGGAGCUGACACCGGAGGAGAGAGAAAAGAAGAAGGAAUUUGAGAUGAAAAGGAAGCACCAUUAUAAUGAGGGUAUGAAUAUCAAACUGGCCAGGCAAUUGAUGGCAAAAGAGCUUGUGGGGGAGGACUAUGAGGAUGAAGAAGAUGAGGAAAUGCAAGAUAUAACAGACACGGAAGCUCUCCCUGACCAACCGCAGAGUCAUGAACACGUACUAUAGAGGAAACAUCAUCUGCAACGCUUUGCUGAAGGUGUAUUUGUUGCCACGCCACUGCAUAAAGCACUGAUCCGCAGACCUAUGGACUAGAGGCAGAAGGAUGCUUUUCUGUUGCCAAUGUUGUAUUGUGAGGCCCUUUAAUUAAUAAGCCAAUUCUAAUUAAUGAUUUACAAGCUUGUCUGGUAUAUUCUGUUUCCAAGACUGGCACAGAAGAAUACAAGUAUUGGUUUACACUCACAGCUAUUUACAUGCCAUAGGUUUGUCAUUUGAUUCAUGUAUGGCGUUCCGCGUGUGGGUGCCUAGGUAUAAAGUUUUCAAACGUUUUUUUCUCUUCUAUUGUGGCCUGUUAGAAAAUAAGGUAUCGCUGAGGCAAACAAUGGAGUCUCCAUUUUUAUUGUAUUCGGACAGGAGAGAUGUUUGAAUGCUCUAGGGGUUGCAUGUUAGCAACCCUACAACACUUGCCGAGAACAAUCCUGUGUUUUAUUUUGUAUGGGGAUUGUAUUUUACUGGUCCAUGAGGAGAAGGAAAGUAUUUUUCCAUAAUGUUGCUUUUCUUUAAGUUAGCGGACUUUUUGAACAGUGACUAAGUCCCAAUGGGUCCGUAUAGAAGUUCUCUAAUCCAUCCUUAUAAAAGUGCUGUAGUCCUGGGAUGGUCAUCAGUGGACUGGAGUAUGGUAUCAUCUGUUAUGUCACGUAUGAUAGGCAGUUUUUUCAGUCCAGUGCUCUUCUAGCUUAUCCAUCAGAAAUCUGUACUUCAGCCUUUAAAUCAGCUUUUCAGUAAAUGGACAAUCUGAGUUCAGUUGGACAGGUGUAUAUAGAAAAUGCACUGAUAGUUUUGCAAAAUAUGUGUCGAAUGGAAAGCUGUAUACAACAUAUCCUAACAUGUUCAGAUAUUGUGCAAUGCAGACAUCCAUGUUAAAGCCCUUCACCAAGAAUGUUACUAGAAUGUGGAAAUUCAGAUGUGACUGUUACCCAUUGAUUAAUUUUUUUCAGCUUUAGAGAAUUGUUAGGCUACAUGCACAGGAAGACUCAUGACCGUUACUUUUUUGGGUGAAAAAACAAUUUUGCACAAUUGUGCACUGUUUUCAACUGUAGUGUGUAAAUGGGUUUUCUUAAAGUACCAUCCAGAGGAGGAAGGAAUGGCCUAACGGUCAGAUCCCGGGUAUAAUUCAAGAAAAUGGUUUUUAUUUCAGUACAGCAAAUGGAAAACAAUAUCUGGAUUAUUUCCAAUUACCUUAGAGGGUAUGUUCUUUUCAUGUCAUACUUGUUGAGUUAGAAACUUCAUAAUUUACUUAAUUCACGUUAAUUAUUUUCAAUGUUUUCCACUUUCUUUUCCUUUUUAUUCACGAAGGGCUUUAUGCAUAAAAAGAUAGUGCUUUUAGAAAGUGACGUUGUUGCCCAUAGCAAGGAGUCACAAGCAACAAAGGACUGUGUGUGUACAUAAGGUUUACGUUCUCUAUGUAGUCCAAUUGACUCUUAGAAAUAUCCAGCUUAGGUAUAUAUAGUUAGGAAUGUUUACCCUACUGAAGCAUCCUGAGACUGGAUCAUGUAUGUCAAUAAAAGAUGAGAAAAUACA